AUGUCGACUCCUCCAGUCCCCAAGACGCCUCAGCCCGCCGUCGACCAGAACGGCGGCCCGGCAAAGUCCCCCACCUCGCUCAAGAAGAAGGUACCUUCGUCCAGCGAUGCCACCAAGUCGGCCAGCAAGCACGCCUCGCAGGCAAAGCCCAAAGCACCUCCCGCACCCGAACAGCGCCCGUCUCCCGAAGCAACGCCUCUCAAGAAGAAGAAGAGGGUGCCGAGGCCUCCUCCGGCCGAUGUGGCUCCCCCAGCCGCACCACCGACACCUGCGCCUUCCGAGGGCCCGCCAGACGUUGACGCCGAGGACCCGCCCCAGAAGAUCAUGAAGAAGAAGAAGAAGAAGCCGGCACCUCUGUCGCCCGAGCCCGAAUCCGCCGCUUCCCCGGUCAAGCAGCCCGAGGAAGCGGAGCAGGCUCAGCAUAGCGUCAAGCGCAAGGAAUCGGCAGCCGGAGAGCCUCCAUCUCCUACCCCGGCGCCAAAGCCUCUCAUGAAGAAGAAGAAGCGUCCAGCUCCGGCGCCGAUCCCCGAGCCGGAGCCGGAACCGGAACCGGAACCGGAGCAUGAGGCUUCCGAGUCGGAGCAUGAAGAUGAGCCCGAGGAGGAAGACGUCCCGGAGCAUGCAGAGUCCGGGAAUGACUCCGAAGACCAAGAAUCUGAGCCUGAGCUCGCGAACGAGGAGCAGAGCGAGGACGAAGAGGAUGACCACGAGGAGUCCGAGGACGAGGAGGACGGUGACGGACCCGUGGAUGGUGUUACCAACACUGUCGGUGACCGGCCAAGCAAAGCCCAGGAUGCAGUCUCUGCAGCCCCCGAACAGGCCAAGCAGGGCGUCGAGAAGACCAGCAAGGCUACCCACGGAGCGGGGGAUGACGCGAAGAGCAAAGCCCCAAAGCUCCCGGGAGCAGCUCAAGACACUGCGAAAGGCGCUACGGACAAGGCCCACGGGCUCGGGAAGAGCCUCCCCGACAAACCAGAUCUUCCCGUCGGGGGAGAUGCGUUGGGCGAUGUCUCGAAACCUGUCGAGCAAGCCCCAAGCAAGCCUUCCAAGCGUCCUGCAGGUGACAAGAGGAAGAAGAGCAGCCCGGGUGGUCCACUCCUCAAGGGAGUCACCGACUCGGCUGGAGAGAAAGUCGAUGGUGUCAAGAACACCGCGGCAUCUACAGCUGGCGGUGCUUUGGAGAAAGGGCAGUCCACCGCGGGAGAUGCUGCAGAUCAGGCUCAGUCGACUGCUGCUGACGGUGCAGUGGACCAAGCCCAAGGAGCCGCUCCCGAUCUAGGGGGAGCUGCCGACCUUGCCGGAAAAUCGCCAGGCGAUGCCCUCGGCGGAGUGACCAACCAAGUUGACGGUGUCAAAGACACCGCGGGCAAGACGGCAGGAGACGUCCAAGACAAAGCCAAGUCCACGGUCGGCGAUGCCUCUUCCACCGCUGGCGGCGCCACGGAACAAGCUCAGGGCCUCACCAACGGAGCUCCGGACAGCGCGGUGCCUGGCGCUGGCGACGCCGUCGGGGACAAAGUCAACGGCGUUCCGGACGUUGCAGGACAAGGCCCAGACACCGCUCGCGGAGCCGUCGGACAGGCUUCCGAGGGCCUCCACGACGCCGGACAGCCAGCCGACGACGAGAAGGCCGCCGGUCACGCGCUCGGUUCGGCGUCUGACCAGACGGAGGGAAAGGUCUCCGGCGAUGGUGAUCAUCAGCUGAGCGGCGGCAAGCCUGCUCCUCCUCCUCGUCCUCUCAACGAUGCCGGGGAGAUUGUGAACAGCCACGGUCAGGUGCUGGGACAGGUCAGCGAGAUUGCGAGUGGUGCAAGUGGUGCGCUUGCGAAGAAGACUGCUGCUGCGUCUGACCACGCGCAGCAGGGGGCGGCGAAUGUCAGUUUCAGCGGGAUUGAGAUUAAGGUUGAGACGAAUGCUGGGGGGACGACGUUGACGAUUCGGAUUCCGGGGGCGUUUCAAAUGGGGAACGGUGUAUAUAUACAGGCGCUGAGAGGCGCGGUGGAGGCGCAAUCGCCCUCGCUGGACGUGCAGACGAGAGUGUAUCCCAAGUAUGAGACGCGAGGGGAUCUGGCUGCCUGCGUAGAGACGUUCCGAGAGUGGCUCCAAGACCAAGUCACCGACCUCGAGCAGGCCGCUGGCAACGCGAACGCCAUUCUCGAGCCCUCAGUCGGCGUCGUGCUCAUCGCCCACUCCAUGGGCGGCUUCGUCGCCGCUGACACGCUCUUCUCCGUCCUCGACACCCGCCCCGUCUCGGCCGACCCGGCCCGGAAACUGAUGUUCCCGCUCAUCCACGGCAUCCUCGCCUUCGACACGCCCUACAACGGCCUCUCGCGGUCCAUGUUCGCCUACGGCGCCUUCGCGCAGUACCAGAACCUGAGCUCGGCGUGGAACGUCUUCGCGACGGUCUCCUCGUCGCUCGCAGCAGCCGGGACGUCGUCCGCUCUGGCGGCGACGACGCCGACCGCCCAGGCAUCGUCGUGGAUGCGCUGGCAGACGCUGGCAGCCCGGACGGGGACCUACGGCGCCAUUGCGGCGGGCGGAGUCGCGGCGUACACCCACCGCGACGCGAUCCGCGACUCGCUCUCCAAGAUCCGCAAGGAGGAUCUGAACCCGUACAACAUCCGCUACCGCGACGGCGUGUCGCGCGGCCUGACGUACGUCAGCCGCGAGAGCAUCGGCGAGGGCUUCGCGUGGAUGGCGGGCCACCUGAAGUUCGUCGGGGCGCUGAUGAAGCCGGCGCAGCUGGCGACGCGGCUGGAGCGGCUGAGCCAGCUGGACGGCGUCGGCGUCGCGGAUCUGUACACGUCGCUGGGCGCGAACGGGGCCUGGAGCGGGGGGUACCUGGUGCCGAAGCGGACCUUCUGCGCGGUGCCCGCGGCGGCGGGCGAUCAGGGCGAUCGCGACGAUGGCGCCCCGCCGGGCACGAACCCGAGGGCGGAUCCGAAUCGACAUCGGCCGCCGCUCCUGUUCCGGGAGCUGGCCAACGGGAACGCCACGUCGGAGAUCGAGGCCCACUGUGGCAUGUUCCGGCCGGAGCGGAACGCGGCGUACGCGGAGAUGGUGGAGGUCGCGGCGGCGCUGGUGGGCGGCUGGGCGGCGAUCGAUCCGCGGGAGGUCAGGGACGAGUACCGACCUACGCGGGAGCAGCUGACGCGGAGUCGCUCCGAGGGUCAGCUGUGGGACGACGAUGGCACGAUGUUGGGUCGUCCGCGGAGUCCUUCUGUGGGCAGCGGUGUCUCGGAAGAUGAGGCCCAGCUGGAUGCGAUCCUCCAGUGCCCCGACAUGCCGCAGCAGGCGGACGGUGGCGUGGACGAGGACGCCUUCCUGCAGAGGGCUGCGGGCGUGCCGUUGCCGCCGCCGAUGGACGCAGAGGUAUCGGGAAUUGCACACGGGGACUGUUGA